UCCUCUCGCGAGAUUUCCCCGCGAGGGAGCCGUGUGCUUGUGUGCGUGACAGAGACAAGGAAAGAUGGCGACCCAGGACAGUCAAGCGACUAUAGCGGCCGCCAGCAAUGGCGAGGUUAGCAGUAAUGGAAGUGCUGCGACAACAGAUGGACAGACAGUGCAGACGACCGACAAUCCACAGAACCCCCAACAGCAACAACAAGCGCCAAAUGCCUGGCAGGUCAUUAAAGGAGUGCUCUUUAGGAUUUUUAUCAUCUGGGCCAUCAGUAGCUGGUUCCGUCGAGGCCCCUCCACUCCAGACCCCAACACGCCGGCCGGGGCACCCAGAGUACCCAGCAGGAACCUCUUCACCAAGGACACACUCAUGGAUAUGUAUGUGUACAUCUCCCAGGAGGAGGUAUUCACGGACUUCAACAACACAGAUUCUCUCUUCUGGUUCCACCGGGACCUAGUCUACGGAGACUGGUCCACGGGGGAGAAUGGGGAUGGCUGCUAUGAGCACUAUAAGGAGAUGGAUAUCCCUGAGGCGGUGCAGCAGAACGGCUCCCUCUAUAUACACAUCUACUUCACGAAAAGUGGGCUGCACCCAGACCCAAAGCGCAAAGGGCAGUAUCGUAGACUGGCAACUGUUCAUGCAUCUCAAAUGCUGAACAAAUUCAAGCGUAGGAAGUUCCUGAAGACCAAGAAUCUACUUACAGGAGAGACAGAAGCAGAUCCAGAGAUGAUCAAGCGGGCAGAGAGCCACGGUCCGGUGGAAAUCAUCUCUCACUGGCACCCCAACCUCACCAUCAACAUGGUGGAUGACCACACAGCCUGGGUGAAAGGAUCUGUCCCACCUCCGCUAGACCAACAUGUGAAGUUUGAUGCGGUUAGCGGUGACUACUACCCAAUAGUGUACUUCAAUGACUACUGGAACCUCCAGAAGGACUACUAUCCCAUCAAUGAUACCCUGACCACCCUGCCGCUACGCCUCAACUACUGCCCGCUGUCCUUGUGGCGCUGGCAACUCUACGCUGCCCAGAACGCUCGCUCGCUGUGGAACUUUCUGCCCGAGGACACCUACGAGCAGUCUGAUGAGGAUAAGGACUCUGUCAAGGUGGCCUUACUGGAAACCAACCCGUACCUCCUGGGGCUCACUAUCGCGGUCUCCAUUGUGCAUAGCAUCUUCGAGUUUCUGGCCUUUAAGAAUGACAUCCAGUUCUGGAACAGCAGACAGUCUUUGGAAGGCCUCUCUGUGCGCUCCAUUAUCUUCGGCGUGUUCCAGUCUUUGGUGGUGCUGCUCUACAUUCUCGACAACGAGACCAACUUUGUGGUGCAGGUCAGCGUCUUCAUCAGCCUUCUUAUCGACCUCUGGAAAAUCACCAAGGUCAUGGAUGUCAAAUUGGACAAAGAGAAUAAAAUUGCAGGAAUCCUCCCAAGACUUGUGUUCAAAGACAAGUCCACAUAUGUGCAGUCUUCUACCAAAAUCUAUGACGACAUGGCCUUCAAGUACUUGUCGUGGCUGCUCUACCCCCUGUUUGGCUGCUAUGCCGUUUACAGUUUAUUGUAUGUCGAGCACAAAGGCUGGUACUCAUGGGUACUAAGCAUGCUCUAUGGCUUCUUGCUAACCUUUGGCUUCAUCACAAUGACGCCGCAGUUAUUUAUCAACUAUAAAAUGAAGUCAGUGGCCCACCUCCCAUGGAGGAUGCUCACAUACAAAGCGCUGAAUACGUUCAUUGAUGACUUGUUUGCAUUUGUCAUCAAGAUGCCCAUGAUGUACAGGAUAGGAUGCCUCAGAGACGAUGUUGUCUUUUUCGUCUACCUGUACCAGCGCUGGAUUUAUCGAGUGGACCCCAACAGGGUCAACGAGUACGGCACCAGCGGAGUGGACCACCAGCAGGAUAACACAGCAGUAGCCGAUGCCCCCGUGGCAGCCAUCACAGAAAAACCAGACAGGGAGAAAAAGAAUGAAUAAGCCAGAUGAUGACACCCUGCCCCGUGUUUGGUCUCCCUGGCCCCUGGCGCCAGGGCAAAGAGGACUUGUGGAAAUUAGGCAGAUGGGGUUGGCUGUCACGGACAUCGCUAAAAAAAAAAAAGAAAAAAAAUGCAGUUCAACUGUUCCCUCCGAUUCCUGUAUGAAUUGACAGAGAAUCACCUUCAUUGUAGACUUGGUAAUUUUUAAUUUUUCUUCCCCGCCCUCUCGUUUUUCAGUCCAAGUGAAGUAAAACAAAACGUGAUGUACUGUAUUCUGUUUGAUUUGGGGAGGGUACAGUAUCUUGGAAAUGAGACGGACAGAGUUUGCGUUUAGACUUUUUUUGUAUACAUGGAAGAAAGAAGCCAAGUGAAAUAUUUCUUCUUUGUGUAUAUCCCAUGUGAAGCUUUUAUUUUCAUUCCAUGUGAGAAUCAAGUUGUUGUUGGAGGAAAACUGGAAAAUCUCCUCUGGAAAAUGCCAACAGGAUCUGAGCGACAAGACCGUGACUACAACCUUUAAUUUUAAACAAAUUGUUCAUUGUCCAAACUGGAUCAAAACAAGCAGCCUUGUUGGUAUUAAUAUAAAUAUUGAUAUUGUCAAUAAGUUUUGAUUUUCCAUGACUGACUCGUUCUUUUGGAUGUCUCCAACGUGUGCAGAAUUUCAGCUUGUUAAUUAGUGCCAAUGUUCAAAGUGUCUGGGAAUAUCUAAUUAACAAAUCUAAUACCAAUAACCCUGCCAUGCACCCACAACACCCGGCUGGGUGUUUCAUGUUAACACUCCAAAAGAAAUUCACAUGCACGCACAAUUGCUGUCCCUUGUUUUCAUUGUGAGGGCUGUGCAUCUUGCGUAAAAGGUUCCAUGUUGCUACAUUAUUGAAUUUUGAGCGUUCAUGUUUAUAGUAAAACUUCUGUGAUUGAAAAUGUCUA